AUGAGUUCACAGAAGAAGAGGAAUUUCCAGAUAGAGGCGUUUAAGCAUCGGGUGGUCGUGGAUCCGAAGUAUGCUGAGAAAACCUGGAAGAUAUUGGAGCAUGCGAUUCACGAGAUUUAUAAUCAUAACGCCAGUGGCCUUAGUUUCGAAGAACUUUACAGGAAUGCAUACAACAUGGUCCUCCACAAAUUUGGAGAAAAGUUAUACUCAGGACUCGUGUCAACCAUGACUUUACACCUAAAAGAAAUAGCAGCAUCAGUUGACGCAUCACAAGGCCCAUUAUUUCUAGAAGAACUCAACCGAAAAUGGAUGGAACACAACAAAGCACUACAAAUGAUCCGCGACAUACUAAUGUACAUGGACAGAACCUUCAUUCCUAGUACACACAAAACCCCAGUCCACGAACUCGGUCUCAACCUAUGGCGCGAUAACAUCAUCCACUCAAUCAACAUCCAAACACGCCUCAAAGACACACUCCUUGAAAUUGUCCAAAAAGAAAGAGGUGGUGAAGUCAUCAACAAAGGCUUAAUGAGAAACAUAGUCAAAAUGUUAAUGGAUUUGGGUCCCACAGUCUACCAAAACGACUUUGAAAAACCGUUUCUUGAUGUCUCCGCUACUUUCUACCGUGGUGAAUCCCAACAGUUCAUCGAAUGUUGUGAUUGUGGGGAUUAUCUGAAGAAAGCCGAAAAACGUCUGAAUGAAGAGAUUGAAAGAGUGUCGCAUUAUCUUGAUGCGAAAAGUGAAGUGAAAAUAACAAAUGUUGUCGAAAAGGAAAUGAUUGAAACCCAAAUGACGCGAUUGGUUCACAUGGAGAAUUCGGGAUUGGUUAACAUGAUUGUGGAUGAUAAGUACGAGGAUUUAAGCAGAAUGUACAACUUGUUCCGGAGAGUUCCGACUGGGUUAAUGUUGAUACGCGAUGUCAUGACUUCUCAUAUCCGGGAAACUGGGAAACAACUUGUGACGGACCCCGAGCGGUUGAAAGAUCCGGUUGAUUUCGUGCAACGAUUACUCGAUGAAAAAGAUAAACACGAUAAAAUCAUUAAUCUCGCGUUUAACAACGAUAAAACAUUCCAAAACGCGUUGAAUUCAUCGUUUGAAUAUUUUAUAAAUUUGAACCCGAGGUCGCCCGAAUUCAUCUCCUUGUUUGUUGAUGACAAGCUUAGAAAAGGUCUGAAAGGGGUAAGUGAAGAGGACGUGGAGAUCGUGUUGGAUAAAGUCAUGAUGCUCUUCCGUUACUUACAGGAAAAAGACGUGUUUGAAAAAUACUACAAACAACAUUUAGCAAAAAGACUUCUAUCCGGAAAAUCCGUGUCAGAAGAUGCAGAAAGAAGCCUGAUUCUAAAGCUGAAAACCGAAUGCGGGUAUCAGUUCACUUCAAAACUAGAAGGAAUGUUUACCGAUAUGAAGACAUCUCAAGAUACAAUGCAAGGGUUCUAUGAAGCGAUGGGGCCCGCGUUAUCCGACGGGCCCACACUCACGGUUCAUGUUCUAACAACCGGGUCAUGGCCCACUCAAUCCACCACCACCUGCAACCUCCCACCCGAGAUCCUAUCUGUAUGCGAUAAAUUCCGUACGUAUUACCUCGGGACCCACAAUGGGCGCCGGCUGACGUGGCAAACAAACAUGGGGUCCGCGGACAUCAAAGCGACAUUCGCUAGAGGACAAAAACACGAACUCAACGUGUCCACAUACCAAAUGUGUGUCCUAAUGCUUUUCAACAAUGCGGACCGGUUGAGUUACAAGGAGAUCGAACAGGCGGUUGAGAUACCCGCGAUGGAGCUGAAACGGUGUCUACAGUCGUUGGCGUGUGCCAAGGGUAAAAACGUCCUUAGAAAAGAACCGAUGAGUAAGGAUAUUGGGGAAGAUGAUGAGUUUUACUUUAAUGACAAGUUUAGUAGCAAGUUUUAUAAGGUGAAGAUUGGGACGGUGGUGGCUCAGAAGGAAUCGGAACCGGAAAAGCAGGAGACGAGGCAGAGGGUGGAGGAGGACCGGAAACCGCAGAUUGAGGCGGCGAUUGUGAGGAUUAUGAAAGCGAGGCGGGUGUUGGAUCAUAAUAAUAUUGUUGCUGAGGUUACAAAGCAGUUGCAAUCGAGGUUUCUGCCAAAUCCUGUUGUGAUUAAGAAGAGGAUUGAGUCGCUUAUUGAGAGGGAGUUUUUGGAGAGGGAUCGGGAGGAUAGGAAGUUGUAUCGGUAUUUGGCUUGAAGAAUAAUAAGAAUAAAAUGGCCAUGUGGUACUGUUUUCUAUGAUUUCAGUUUCUUUUGGUGGUGGAAAGUGGAUUGUUUGGCUUCAGGGAUUGGAUUUGUUGUUGAAAUGGAUAUGGAUAUGGAUGCAGAUUUAGUUUCAAGUAAUUGUGUUUUGAUAAUUUCUAUUUAUUUUGGUUGUGUUAUUAUUUGG